CUUGUUGCCCUUCUUUUUUGGUUGUUUUACUCCGUACGGUCCUCAAAAUAGUGGCUGAUGGCUUGGACUUUGCCAAUAUUCCAAUGCGGAUUAUUGACCGAGUUCGAAUGUAGGCCGAAGGCCAUCUUGUCAAGAGGUGUUCAUGGAGGACUUGAGCGCGGGACAAGUGGCUGUCAAGCAGCUGAAGCAGCAGUACCUAGAAGCCUUGCAGGCUAACGAUGCCCAGGAGGUCCUCCGGAUUCUGCACACCAGCAAGAUGGACAUAGACACGGUGCUGGAGGUGGAGGACCCCAGCAUGGUCCUGGCUUCUUACAAACAAGGGUAUUGGCUACCAGGCUACAAACUAGAAAGUUCCUGGGCCAUGGGUCUUCAUGUUUGUGUGAUGUACAACGCUGUGGAAACUGCGCUGGUGCUCCUUCAGGAAGGUGCUGCCAUCAACCGCAUGCCCAAUGGGAAGACACCGUUGCACGUGGCCUGCGAGGUCUCCAACGCCGACUGUGUGGCUCUGCUUUUGGCGCACGGUGCAAAAGUCAACAGCCUUUCACUCAGCGGACACACACCAUUGCACUACUGUAUCACCAAAGAGUCGGUGGAUUGUGCCAAGUUGCUCAUCCUUCAAGGUGCCAAAGUUACCACCCCCAGCCACAACAAUGAAGAAGACACACCCUUGCACACCGCAGCCAGAUUUGGAGUCCCAGAGCUGGUGGCCCUUUAUUUAGCCCACGGAGCAUCAGUGGAUGGACUCAACUCUUUGCAAGAGAGCGCCCUGAUGACUGCCGCCUUUUGGUCCUUUGACCCCAAAGAACAAACCUACAGCCAAGAUCACCAUCUUGUCUGCCGCCUUCUGUUGGACCAGAAAGCAGAUGUCAACCUUCAAGAGGAAGACCAUAAAACUGCUCUUCACAAGGCAGCCUGGAACUGUGAUCAUAUUCUGAUGCAGAUGUUUCUCGAGGCCGGAGCGGAUACACGAGCGAUGGACAUCAACGGCUGCUCUCCCAUUCAGUAUCUCAUCAAAGUAACUGAUGUAAGGCACACAGCCCUACCAGAAAUCUGCUAUCAGCUGCUGCUAAACUACAAUGCAGCUAGGAUCUAUCCACCACAGUUCCACAAGGUGUUGCAAUCCUGCCACGACUACCCCAAAGUUGUGGAGAUCAUGGUGAACUCUUAUGGACGUCUGAAGCCCACAAGGAAGUGGAGAGAAGCCAUUCCUGAUGACUGCUAUAAGAGGCAUAAGGAAUUCUACGACUCUUUGUACAACGUUUGCACAAACAGUCCUCGCAGCUUGCUGCACCUCACCAGAUGUACCAUAAGAGGCAGAAUGAGUAGCUCCUGCGAAAGAGGGGUAGCCAGUCUCUCUUUGCCAUUCAGCAUUAAGAACUAUUUGUUGUUGAAACCUGAGGGGAUACUGUACUGAUUCCUCUACGUGAAAUCAGUUGGACAAGAAGGGUUUCAAGAGAGAACAUUAAAUACCGGCUGAGAGGAUGACAAACAUUUCACUUACAGGUUAUCUUUUUACCUUCAUUGACGUUUUGUUGUGGAGCCUAAAGUUCUUCUGCUCCAUUGCAUACCCGGCAACCAGCCUUAAUACAACUCAAGUACAAACACUUGACAAGUUCCUUCUCAAUAAAUGUUUGGUUUUCUAAUGGACUGCACUCACGUUGACAAACUGAUCUAUUUCCUACACUCUAAAGAAUCAUUAGAAAACUUGAGAAAGUGUCAAGAUAUUUAAGUAGGACUUCUGCAAUUUACCCAUGUGGUGAGUCAGUGCGCAGUCCAAUUUAUCCUGGGUUGAUAAUAGCAGUGAUUGUAUAGUUGGGAAUUGUGAAGAGACUUACUGGGAAGAAUGCUUACAAAGCUCUGGUUGACACCAAACAGGUAAAGGACUUUACAUAUGUAGGUUCUGUUAAAAUACAUGGAAAAUGAUUUGCAAAUGAGAACACACAAUCUUCUAUUUUUAUAAAAUGUAUCAAGUAUUUGUUAUGUUGUAAAAAUCCCCCCCAA